CUUUCUCGGCCCGUCCUAUAUAAACGCCGUGAGCGCGCAGCAGGUCCUCGCAUUCCCUUUGGAGCUCGGAGGGUUUUUGUGUCCUUUUCUCUCCACACAGUGUCAUGGCUGCCAAGGCUGAGCGCACCUUCAUCGCCAUCAAACCUGAUGGAGUUCAGAGAGGACUCAUUGGUGACAUCAUCAAACGCUUCGAGCAGAAAGGCUUCCGCCUCGUCGCUCUCAAGUUCCAGCAGGCGUCUGAGGACCUGCUGAAGCAGCACUACAUCGACCUGAAGGACCGCCCCUUCUACCCCGGCCUCGUCAAAUACAUGGGCUCUGGACCCGUUGUUGCCAUGGUGUGGGAGGGUCUGAACGUGGUGAAGACGGGCCGUGUGAUGCUGGGAGAGACAAACCCGGCUGACUCCAAGCCUGGCACCAUCAGAGGAGACUUCUGUAUCGAAGUGGGCAGGAACAUCAUCCACGGCAGCGACUCUGUGGAAAGUGCCAAUAAAGAGAUUGCUCUGUGGUUUAAACCUGAGGAGCUGGUCUCCUUCAAGAGCUGUGCUUAUGACUGGAUCUAUGAGUAAAGGGAACUGUACAUUCUGUCUCCACCUCGUCUGUCCUUUUCCAUCUCUGUACUGUCUGAGUUUAACAACUGGAGCACUUAAUAAAGUCCUCAGAACCAGG